ACAAACACACACACAGAUUGAUAUAAGCUGAAAACACCAUGGGAAGAUCACCUUGCUGUGAAAAGAAUGGUCUGAAGAAAGGUCCAUGGACUGCAGAAGAAGAUCAAAAACUGAUUGAUUAUAUUCAAAAGAAUGGUUAUGGAAACUGGAGAACUCUCCCCAAGAAUGCUGGGUUACAAAGAUGCGGAAAAAGUUGUAGGUUAAGAUGGACGAAUUAUUUGAGGCCUGAUAUUAAGAGGGGAAGGUUCUCUUUUGAAGAGGAAGAGACAAUCAUUCAACUACAUAGUGUGUUGGGGAACAAGUGGUCUGCAAUUGCAGCUCGUUUGCCUGGAAGAACUGAUAAUGAAAUCAAGAAUUAUUGGAAUACGCACAUUAGAAAAAGACUUCUUCGAAUGGGGAUAGACCCGGUUACUCACAACCCUCGUCUUGAUCUUCUUGAUAUCUCGUCCAUUUUAAGCUCGUCUUUUUAUAACCAGUCUAAUGCCAACAUGUUCGGGGUCCAAACAAUGGUUAACCCCGAGCUGUUGAGGUUAGCUGCUUCUCUCCUUUCGUCUCAACGUGAUCAAAACCCUAGUUUUCUUCACCAAAAUGAUCAAAAACCCCAAUUUGGACAAACCCUAAUUCAAGAAAAUCAUCAUCAUCAUCUUGAUCAACUCCAAAACCAUGAUCAAACCCUAAUUCAAGAACUCCCAAGUUGUGUCCCAUUUUCUAGUGAUCAAUCUUCCCAACUCAUGGAACCAAAUGUAGACCAACUUCCUUCAAGUUUUUCCCAUUUUAACCCACAAAAUUGCCAAUUAAAUGAGUGGCAAAACAAUGGCAUAGGUUUACCUUCUAGCAAUCUUGAUAACCUUAUGGGCAUGGCCAUGGAGAAUUACGGUUUCCAAGGUUCGGUCCAAUCCGUUGUUGAUCCUCCAUCGAAUUUGACACCCAACGACUUCGACUUCACAUCACAUUUGUCGAACCUAUCGACACCUUCGUCAAGUCCAACGCCUUUAAACUCGAACUCGAAUUCGACUUACAUCAAUGGAAGCAGCACAGAAGAUGAAAGAGAGAUUAGCUAUGGCAGCAAUUUGUUCAAAUAUGAGUAUCAAGAAAUCUUGGAUUCUAAUGUAUUUAUGUGAGUAUGUAUGAAUAUAUUGUAAUUUCGUUCCUACUACAUGAUCAUAAUCGAGAACUCCUUUUUU